AUGAACCACAAAAGUUCAAUCUUGAUCAUUCUUUUGAUCAUACAAUGUCUAGCAAUUCUGGUUGUUUCACAAGAUUUUGAUUUCUUCUACUUUGUUCAACAGUGGCCAGGAUCAUACUGUGACAAAAAACAGAGUUGUUGCUACCCAAAAUCUGGGAAGCCUGCCCCAGAUUUCAGUAUUCAUGGGCUUUGGCCCAAUUACAAAGAUGGGUCUUACCCGUCCAACUGCGAUCCCGACAGCCCCUUUGAUGAAUCCAAGAUAUCAGACCUCACCAACAAAAUGCAAGAGGACUGGCCUACUCUGGCUUGUCCGAGUAGCGACGGCUUAACCUUCUGGGGUCAUGAAUGGGACAAACAUGGAACUUGCUCUGAAUCUGUCCUCGAUCAACACGAUUACUUCGCAACAACUCUCAACCUCAAGAAGCAAGUUAACCUCCUCCAAAUCCUUACAGAUGCAGGAAUCAAUCCGGAUGGAGAAUUUUAUAAUUUGGAAAGCAUAAAAGAUGCCAUUAAAGGUGCAACUGGCUACACUCCCUGGGUAGAGUGCAAUGUUGAUGGGUCAGGGAACAGCCAGCUUUAUCAGAUUUAUAUGUGUGUGGAUAAUUCUGGGUCCCACAUAAUUGAGUGUGAUGUGCUGCCCCACGGCAAAUGUGCUUCCAAAAUCCAAUUCCCUUCAUUCUAGAUAUGUUUGAAAUAGAAG